UUAGCCGCACGCAGGUUUUUCUCCGCCAUUUGUGCAGUCGGUAUCGCACAACAAAAUAUUCUGUUGGUAGCUUUAGACGACAGAGAUCACCCUGGAAAAGUAUAGAACGGUCAAAACCGUGCCACAGAAAUGGGAGAAUCUGCAGAAGAAUUAAAAAUUAAAAUGCAGACAGCUGAAAGCAUUGUGAAUGAAGCUUCAGCUGUAAAUCAUGUUUCUGGGACUCAAAACGGUUUUGCAAACAUGCAGAAUCAUGUAGGUUCAGCAGGAGACCACAAGCCCAAUAGUGAUUCGAACCAUGUUGCAUCUCCGCACAAACACAAAGACCAAAGUUCCUCAUCCAGUUCUAAACCCAAGGACAGCAGCAGCACUAGCAGCUUGAAACGCAAGGACCACCAUUCCUCUUCCUCUAGCUCGAAGCACCGCGAUGACCACAAGACCAGUUCGAGUAGCUCCAGCAAACACAAGGAGGGCCACAGCUCAUCCAGCAGCAAGUCGAAGGACGGUUCCAGUUCAUCAAGUAAACCAAAGGAUGGAAGUUCCAGUUCGCCGAGCAAGUCAUCCAGUUCACCAAGCAAAUUGUCCAGCUCUGAGAAGCACAAAGACAGCCCUCAUUCCAAAGACAAGCACCACAGUUCAUCAGAGAAGAAACAUUCGAGCUUGGAGCACAAAUUGCAUAGCAGUAAAUCGUCGUCAUCUUCAGACAAACAUAAGGAUGGGAGUAGCAAGACUUCAUCGUCUGACAAACCAAAAGAAGGAAUUGCCAAAUCAUCUUCAUCUUCGGACAAGCACAAGGAAGGAGGUAGCAAAUCAUCAUCAUCAUCUGGGGACAAACAUCGAGAUGGAAGUAACAGCAAGUCUUCGUCAUCUUCAGACAAACACCGAGAUUCGAGCAGCAAACACUCGUCUGAAAAACAUAAGGACGGAAGUAGUAAGUCGUCUUCGUCGUCUGACAAACAUAAGGAUGGUAGUAGUAAAUCAUCUUCAUCAGAGAGACAUAAGGAUGGAAGUAGUAAAUCUUCAUCCUCGGAUAAACAUAAAGAUUCCAGUAGUAAACAUUCGUCUGAAAAACAUAAAGAUAAAUCAUUAUUAUCAUCAUCAUCAUCAUCAGACAAACAUAAGGACGGAAGUAGUAAGUCUUCGUCCUCUAGUGAUAAACACAAGGAUGGAAGUAGCAAAACAUCUUCAUCCGACAAGCAUAGAGAUGGAAGUAGUAAGUCCUCGUCAUCGGAUAAACACAAAGACGGACUCAGCAAGUCAUCAGAGAAACACAAGGACGAGAGCAAGUCUUUAGACAAGCACAAAGAACACUCCAAAGAUUCAAGCUCCUCAGACAAACACAAAGAGAAAACAAAAGUCGAGAGUAGCUCCAAGUCCCAUGACAAACACGGCUCACACAAAGAAACUGUUAAGACUGAGUCAAGCAAGCCUGUGGUGGAGAAUGAUGAGGGGAGUGUAAACGAGAUGAGUAAGAUGGACACUGAUGAUGACAUGCAGCCGUAUGUUAAGGUUGAGAAGAUUGAGGAGGAGGAGACAGCUAGAGCCAGAGUUAAGAAGGAACCGUCCAGUGAUGAGGAUGAAGUUCCUUUGUCUGCACGGAUAAAGAAGGAAGCGCCUCCACUUAAACGUCGGUAUGAAGAAUCAUCCGAUGAUGAGCCUCUUUCCUCCAGAAUAGAGAAGGUUAAAAAGGUGAAGAAAGAAGUGAAACAAGAAGACGAAGAUUUCAAGCCAUCAAAGAAGAGAAAGAUUGAAGAGGACGAUGAACUUGAAGCAGAGGUACAAAAGAAGAAAAAGAAAAACAAGCUCAAGAACAAGUCUGUGAAGGUAGAAACCAAACAGACUAUAAAAGCGAAGAAGAAAGCAGAAGAAGAACAACAAGUUUGGAAAUGGUGGGAAGAAGAGAAGCGUGAUGAUGGUGUUAAAUGGACGUUCCUAGAACACAAAGGACCAGUCUUUGCGCCACUGUAUGAACGAUUGCCUAAAAAUGUGAAAUUUUAUUAUGAUGGGAAGGAGAUGCUGCUUAAUGAAGCUGCUGAAGAAGUUGGAGGGUUUUAUGCCAAAAUGUUGGAUCACGACUACGCCACACGAGAUGUGUUUAACAACAAUUUCUUCAAGGAUUGGAGGAAGGUGAUGAGUAAAGAAGAGAGAGAAAUUAUCACAGACUUGAAGAAGUGCAACUUUAAAGAGAUGCACACCUUCUACCUGAAACAAUCGGAGGACAGAAAAAACAGAACCAAAGAACAGAAACAGGAGUUGAAAAAGCAAAAUGAAGAAGUGACAAAAGAGUAUGGAUUCUGUACAAUAGAUGGCCACACAGAAAAGAUUGGCAACUUCCGCAUAGAGCCCCCUGGCCUGUUUCGUGGCCGAGGCGAUCACCCAAAACAGGGUCGAUUGAAAAAACGUGUGGAAGCAGAGGAGGUCAUCAUCAACUGCAGCAAAAAAUCUAAAAUACCUGUUCCCCCUGAAGGACAUAAGUGGAAAGAAGUUCGACAUGACAAUUCUGUGACUUGGCUUGCCAGUUGGACAGAGAACAUACAGGGGGCAACUAAGUAUGUUAUGCUCAACGCUGCAUCUAAACUCAAGGGAGAAAAGGAUUGGCAGAAAUAUGAGAUUGCCAGAAAACUGCACAAGUGUGUGGACAAAAUCCGAGCCACAUAUCGUGAAGACUGGAAGUCAAAGGAGAUGAGAGUGCGCCAGCGAGCGGUGGCUCUUUACUUCAUCGAUAAGCUUGCACUGAGAGCUGGUAAUGAGAAGGAAGAAGGUGAGACAGCCGACACGGUUGGUUGCUGCUCUCUACGGGUGGAACACAUCAAGCUGUAUCCCGAGAAAGACGGCAAAGAGUGUGUGGUGGAGUUCGACUUUCUCGGAAAAGAUUCCAUCCGCUACACGAACAGUGUCCCAGUGGAGAAACGUGUCUUCAAGAACUUACAGCUGUUUGUGGAGAACAAGCAACCAGAGGACGACCUUUUUGACAGGCUCAAUACGGCACUUAUGAACAAACAUCUACACGAGUUGAUGGAAGGCCUCACCGCCAAAGUUUUCCGAACAUACAAUGCUUCACGCACUCUGCAAGAACAGCUUGAUCUACUGACAAAUGAGGAAGACGCAAUCCCUGCAAAACUGCUAUCAUACAAUCGUGCUAACAGAGCAGUUGCUAUCCUAUGUAACCAUCAACGUUCCGCACCAAAAACAUUUGCUCAGUCCAUGGAAAACUUGAUAAAUAAGGUUGAAGACAAGAGAAAACAAGUUAAAGAUGCAAAGAAAGACAUAAAAGAUGCAAAAUCAGACUACAAGAAUCAUAACACUGAACGAAACCGAGCAAUUGUGGAGAAAAAGAAGAACUCAUUGAAGAGGUUGGAGGAACAGCUGACUAAGCUAGAGGUCCAGGCCACUGAUAAGGAGGAAAAUAAAGAGAUUGCACUCGGAACCUCCAAACUGAACUAUCUGGACCCCAGAAUCUCUGUGGCUUGGUGCAAAAAGUGGGAGGUUCCCCUAGAAAAAGUCUACAAUAAGACACAGCGUGACAAAUUCCGAUGGGCAAUCGACAUGGCGACUGAAGAGUUCAAAUUUUGACACCUCAUAGAUGUUAGGUGAUGGUUUUUCUCUCGAUAAAUGCCCCAUACAAUUGUACAGAUGUGUCUAAAUAGUGCUGGCUUAAAAAAGGGGGAAAAACCCUACAUUUUUUAAAAUAUCAAGCCACUGAUUUGACGUACAAUGUGAUUUUCACUGAAGAUGUGUUGUGAUACUGCUCAAAGCCUGUAGCAGUUAGAUAUCGGUCAUAUCAACACAGCUGAAAAACCAAGACAGUUUUACAAAUCUAAUCAAACACCAUCUACCCAUUAUCUUUCAGAAUGUGAGAAUGUCUUAACUCUAUUUGUGGGAUUUUGUUUGUUUCUUCUUUUUUUUAAUGGACUAUUUAAAAAAUUGUUAUUGAGAAUAUUUGUUGAUAGAUUUAAAAUACAGUUAUUCCUCUCCCUGAAAAUCAUUUUACUCUGUGUAAGCAACAGAGGAAAAUAAUUCUCAGAAGUGAAAGUUUUUGCUGUCAUAUCUUGAGCUCAUGAAAUUUAGAAUCUAUUUAAACAUUGUGUAUAAAGUAUUAAUUUCGGACAUGUGAGAUCUCAUACUACCAUUGAACAAAAAACCCUAUAUAUUUCUAGAUGACAAACAGUUGAAUAUUAGGAAAUGCCUUCACCAGUCUACAUUGUCUUUGAAGACAACCUUGUUUUGAAUGGAACCCAUACUUGAGGAAGUGAAUCUAAGGUCAAGGUGAUAGAGACUUAGUAGUCAAAUAUACCAAAAUUAUUAUGUUGACUUUUUAUUAAGAUCAUUUGAUUUUAAUUUUAAAACAGUAUUCUCAACAAAAAGACAUCUCUAGAAGAAUGUCUUUUAUUUAUGUUUGAAAACAACCAGCAUCAAAGAUCAAGGUCAUUUUAUACUUUGACCUAAUCAAGUAUUUAUUAAAACAGUUCUUAUUUGUUUUAAAACCAUGGUUUCCAAAGAUUUUUUUUUUUUAUAGGCGAUCCUAUAUUGGAGGUCAAAAGUGACAGGUCAUUGUGACUUGACACAUUGUAAUAUAUUAUUGGCUAUCAGAAAUAUUUGUUGGAAGCUUGUGAAGUUAUUUUCCCCAUGGAGAGUUAAAAACCAGGAAAAAGGCAGAAUUGUUGGCAAUAAUUUUUAUUAUACAAAGUUUCUAUAGGGGGCAUUAAAUUGUAUGGACUUUUUAUAUUGUUGAUUUAGUAGAAUGCAUAGUUACUGUAACGACACAAGAUAUCUACAUUCUGACAAAAUGAUAAUCUAGGUAGUUCAUACUUAAAUAUUUAUUUCAAGGGUUUCAUUUGCUGUAUUCAGUCCAGAAUGUAUUCAUUACAUUGAGCAUUGUUUAUAAAAUGUUGAAUUUUUGUUUCACGUGACUUGUAUGCUACUUUUCAUUUUUAACAAAAACGGAAAAUCCAUUUGUUCUCAUUUCAUUCUGCAGAUGGAUAUUGUUGGAUUUGUCAUUUUAUUGUGGGAGAAAUGUUUUUAAUUUGUCAUGUUUUGUUUUACUCGUGUUUUUUUUUCCCCCUUCUCCACAUCAUUUAUGUUUUUACCACUAGAUGGCAGCACUGUCUUGCCAUACUUAAACAGCACAGUAUUGUAUGGACCCUACCCUAGUCUUUAUUAUGCAUGUCAUCUGAUAGUCUUUUUAUUGUUGUUGGGUUUUUUUUAUGCAGCAGUACUGGUUGGGCGUUUGGGAAUAGGAGAUAGUAGCCCAACAGAGACAACUAACCUGAAAUGCUAAACGAUGGUGGAAUGUUAUGGUGUUGAUCACAGACUUUUUUUAAUUCCAGAAAAGUGUCACCCACAUUUUCAAGCAGGUGGUGGUGCUGCCAUAAAAUAGCCUUGUGACUUGAGAACAGUUCUUUUCUCCAUGACUAUUAAAGCAGUCCCCUGUGAAAUAUGUACAUGAAUAUUAGUUUGUUCCAGGGUAUACAAUUAAUAAGGAUCUCAAGAGUACACAUUAUUUUCUAAUGUGUUCUGAUAUUAAAUAGAUCCUAACAAUUAUUUGGAAUUGUAUAAUAUUCUCCAUAGUAAGUACCUGUAACUACCAACUACCUGUUUUAACAACAACCAAAUAAUUUCCCAAGAAAUGUCUGUUUUUUAAUGGGAUAAUUAUACAUGUGUACAAACUAUUUAUUGGAAGUCAAACUGCAUUGUUACGUAACUACUAACAUUACAUUCAAGCCACUUGGCUGGAUCAUGUAAAACAAGACAGCCUGUAAUAAAAUACAGUUGUCAGUCUGUGAAUGUUUUCGUCAUUACAAUCAUCUUGAACAAAUAGGUCCAUGGAAUGAAUUUCUACUCCAGGAAUGAAUUUCUACUAGAGUCCUAAGAAAUUAAAAAUUCAAAUUCAUAAUAUUAAAACCAACAUCUUGCAAGUUAACACAAUGUGGACUUUUUCAUGUCUUUUCAUAAUGUAUGAACAAAUAUAUAUGUAUUUUGUAUGUCUUAAAACAAUGCUACAUGCUAAAUGUGAAAAAUGUAUUGUAACAGUCUUAUUUUGAAAGGAUACAUUUUAACUUUACAAGAAGUAUUUUGAAGGAAUGUAUUUUUACACAGAUGCCCCCUUCAUAUCAUGUAGCACAUGGAUAGAAUGUUGGUAAUGAUCCAGAAAGAAUUAAUCAAAUGGGUUAUGCUGGCAUAAGAAAUAAAUUAACAUUGUUUUUAGGAUGAUUUUGAUGUAUUUUCAAGGAAAGGUAAUUGUAUCUACUUUUGUGUACAUUAUUUUAAAUUAUAUGGGGGGGGGGGGGGGGGGGUUGUGAAAGAUACUUGUGAUCUACAUCAUAUUGACCCAAAACAAAUUUAAAAUGAUUUUCAAAUUGACCUCCCAAAAUUAGUUUUGAAAUUACAUAAAAAUCCUAUAUGACUUGCAAAAGAAAUUAUUGUUGCCAAAAAAAGUUUAUAAAUAAUUGGUAAUUUUAUUUUUAAUUUUUUUUAUUAUUAAAGUGAAAUGAAAAUGGCAGUGAGGUGGCCAUUCAAAUGUUUUAAACUGGAUUUGGAUACUACCUAAUAGAUUGGUGUGAAGAUAAAAAGGGGGGGUGGGAUUGAACCUGUAAAAAGCAUCGUGCAGCUAUCUUAAGUACAUAUUUACAUUGAGUAAUCCCACAUGGGGCGAUAAAAUACUGUUUUGAUAUUUAUUCCGAAAUAAAAUUUUUAUUAUUCUUUAAAAUAUGAAACUGUAUCCAAAGUUAAUUGCAUUUACAAAUUAUGUAUGAUGAAAUUUUUUUUAUUUCAAAAUUUAUUUUUUUAAAAUUAUGUUUCAUGUCAUUACACCUUUUUUUAAAGCAGUUUCCAUAUUUUAAAGCAUAUCUUGACAUUUAAUAAUGUGAUGCCAUAUUUGGUAUCAUGUCAGUGUUAAAGAUAUAUACACACACACAUUGUACCUGUUUCCAUUAAAGGGCAUUUUUAAAAUAAAUAUGAAUUCUAUGAACCUUUAAAAAGAGAUACUUAGUAGUUGGGUUUUUAAAUAUUAUUUUGUGCAUAUCUUAUGUUUUUGUCUAUCUAGAUGAUCAACAUGUAGAUAAAAAUAAAGACAGGUUGGUGUAAAAAAAAAAAAUUGCAUAUUUUUAUAUACUCACAGAAAAAAGUUCCUGUGUGCCAAAUAAAACAGAUAUCGAGCAAACUACAAAGUUUGUAAAUGGUUUAAAUUCGACAAAGAUUAUGACUUAAGCAUAAAUGUGCCAAUCAUCACAUGUUUACGAAUGACCAAAAAUAAUUUCUCUUUGUUAAAAAAAAAAUUCUGAAUACUUGUAUAGGAACUAUUUUCCUUGAGUAUAUAAAUGUAAAAACAGGAUUUGUUCUAAAUAUGUCUUAGCACAUCUCUUUAAUUGAUAUUUGUAUUAUUUUGAAAUUGUUUUUCAACUACUGGUCAUUUUGUUGGUAGUUCAGAACAAUUUCUUUGACAUGACUACAACAUAUUAUAUUUAAUAAACUAAACAUUUCGCCUUACUCGUAUCAAUAAUGAUUUCUGCAGUAUAAUUUAUUCCAGUGUGUUGAGAAGGUGUAUUAAUUUUAAUAUGAGUGGAUUAAGCCAUAUAAUAUACCCAUCUUCAAACAGUGGUUUCCACAUCUUCAUUUAGAGCAACAUCUACCUUUAAAACAGUUUAUUCCUUCAUGUCAUGACAUUUUUAUGAUAUUUUUAAAAAGAGAAUGUCUUAACAUCCUAUUAUAAUAUUGUUUUGAAAGUCGUGGUGAUAUUGUGAAUCUUUGCUGUGUAUGUAUAUUUUGAAAGGAGUGAAAUAAUGUGGAAAAUACAGCAUACUGUGAAUCUUUACUGUAUAUAUAUGGUAUUGUGGAUGAUAUUAUAAUGUAUGCAUUCAUUGUUGUGUAUAGGUAACUAUAGCACAAGUGACCAAAUAUUGUUAGAUUCUUUGGCUCAGCUGACUUCGGUAGCCUGCAGGGCUCUAGAUCUCACUAAUUUGGGCACAGCAGAUUUUUUGAUUUUUUUUCUAUAUAUAUAAUCUGGUCUGAGCACAGCUAGGUCCUUUUAAUGCCACCGUGCCGUGCCGCACCCCCCCCCCCCCCCCCCCUCCAAUUUUUUUUAAUAAUAAUUUCAAGUUGUUUGAUCUAUGGGGCUGAACUUAACCAGUGGUAAAGUGCUCGCCUAAAAUGCUUGUUUGAUUUGAAACUGAUCCCCAUCUGUGGGACCAUUAAUCUAUUUCUUGUGCCAGCUAGUGUACCAUGACUGGUAUAUCAAAGAUCCAUUUUUACUACCAUAUACGCAAAUAUUUUCGCGGCUAAAAUAAUUCGCGAUCAGGCUUUCAUUUUACAUUUUCGCGAGGAAUUAUUUUCGCGACUGUGUCCCCCGAUAAUAAAAUAAAAAUUACCCAUAUUUCAUUUGCCAAACACUUUUCAAUGACGAUUUCACGCACAUACUUAGGACAUGUUCACUAUGCUGUCAGCGAGACAAUUACCAUUACCAAUAUUUAUUUACAUGCUCAUAUACCACUAGAGUUUCGAGCAUGUCUGUCCCGGGCCCGAUCUCUAGAUAGCCAGUGAGAUGUCAAUGUUGUAUGUAUGUCUGAUAAGACUAUUGUCAUGUUAUCGAUGGAACACACACAUGCGAUACAGAACAUUGAAAAACGCAAAUAUAAGAAAUAACUUUUCAUUAUUGGUGAUACUCACAAACUUCCAUUUAAGGUUACAAAGAAAACAAACAAAAUUGAGAUUACGUAACAACAGACUUGCACCCAAAUGUGUGUCAUUUGGAUAAAAUCCAUGUGACCAGGCAGGUUUACAGAAUCACGUGACCUUGCGGACCACUGACUGCUUGAUUCUGAUAUGGGUUGGGCGUGUAGAGAUAAGACUAUAUAUUAUAAGGUAAAUAAUACCAAAUUGGAAAUAAGUUCGCGCGUAAUUAAAUUCGCGGUGCAGUAUAUUUUAUUCGCGAACAUAUUUGCGUAUACGGUAAUUGAAAAAUAUAGCAGGUUUCCUCUCUAAGACUGUAAAAAUUACCAAAUGUUUGACAUCCAGUAGCCAAUGAUUAAUACAUUAAUGUGCUCUAGUGGUGUCAUUAAAGAAAACAAAUUUUAGUUUUUUUUAUUUAAUCUAAUUAAGGCUUAACAUUGCAGUGGUUUUGAGCUAAGUAUUUUGAGGUUGGCUUGUUUGUACAUGAUUACUUUUGGCACAUAUUUUGGGCCUAACCUUUGGUGCAAUCUAAAGCCUUGCUCUGCAUUGUUUGGUUAACAGCCAUUACAUGUUAUGCAAAUAAUUGUGAUAAUUAGUCUGGUGUGUUUGGGUAGAAACACCCUACCAUCACCCUGGUGACUCCUGAUAGCAGCUAGGGUUCUUUUAUGUGCUCUUUAUCAUACAGAGUGGCAAGUAAUUAAUAUUGUGGGCAAUGACUUAAGAUGGUAAAAGGUGGCAAUGAUUAACUGUUAGCUAAACACAUUUUUAGAUUGCUAUGAUUGGCUUGACUGUUGGCCUAAACCAAUAAGAUCCAGACCAAUUGAUUGAAAAUAAGAGUUUGAUUGGUUUUACCUUGAAGACAGAUUGACCUUUCAGUGUUGUUUUGUUGGGGUUGUUGUUACUGCCAUCAACAUGUCGAUAUAGUGAGAGUCCAUUAAAAUAACAUUUCCACUUCAUUUCUUGGCACCUGCAUGGUAAGAUAAAUGUCUUAUUUUAUGCAGUAUUGAAGCUUUUAAUACAUUAUAGAAUAUGGCUUUAGUGUCUCAAAUUGCUCAUGGUUUUAUUUCAUAUUUGGUGUUGGGAUUUCUAAAUACUUACUCGUGGAUAUCUUAAUGGAUAGCUUAGUAAUAGUCAUUUUCUUGUUUUGGUGUGUGCAUGUCUAUCGGUACAACUUCAUGACUUGAUUUGUACGUACUGCUAGCACUUACAUGAGAGCCAUCAUGGCUUUGCCAUUUUGUGAUUCAACUGUUCACAGAAUUGUCCUAUUAUUUUUCAAAUCAAGAGUGUCUGAAAUCCUAUCUGGUUAUCAUGGCCUUUGGUUGAACAUUAAACAUUUUUUACAUGUGUCUGAGAAAAGGUUCCCUAUGAAUUGAUUAAAUUGUACAAUGCUAAAAGCCAUAUCUAAACAUAUUUAAUUUUAAGCAAAAACCAACUUGUACCUUAUAAGUAAAAAAAGUAAAACUGUCUUAGAAUUGAAGACAUCAAGCCGCUUGUAAAACUUAAGUGUACCCUUGAAUCUUAAAUAAAUUCUUGUCCAUUCAAAUACCAGUAACAUGUAUUUUGUUGAAGUCAGAGUCUGCACUUUAUAAACAGAGAAGAACUUUAUAUAUUCUCAUAGGUCAUUUGGUAACAUGAGAGAAACGUAGAACAAAAAGUACAAAUUGUUUAGACAACUGAGCAAUGCGAUUAAAGAAUACAAACAUACAGGUUAACUGUCGGCAAAAACAAAUAUAUAUUGUUUAAAUGUGGGCCUUGCUGACAUGACUAAUAUGACUUUAAUUGCCAAUUCUUACAGCAUGCACACAUGCUAAUCGGCUCACUUCUGCAUUAUUCAUUGUGUCAAGUCAUUGGGAUCUUUUUCUUCUUCUUUUUUUAAAUACAGGGACAGUUUCCUUUGUAAUUCUAAAUAACCACUAGCUAAUGCUAGCUUGGCAUUACAGCUAAAUGAUCAUGAAAAUAUUUGUACUAUUUUUAACAUCAUCUCAUAUUAUUUUGUUCACCAUGACGCAUGCAGUGCUAAGUUGUAUUGUGUAAUAAUACCAGGCUGUUGUGGAGUACAAGUUUUCUUCAGAACAAUACAGUAAAAAAGAUGUAUAGAAGAUGUUGCCUGAUCUGUGUGUUUUUAUCAACAUUGUGACAUGAUUCCCACCCCUCUUCAACAGAUAUUAUCCAUUCCACGGUGUAUUACUAUAACAGUGCAUUAAAGACUGCAGAAGCCCAUGUUUUAUGUGAGAGGUACUCCUUUAGUCUCAACUAUUUUGUGUCCAUAGUAUUGUUAUUUGCUGCAGGUUUGGGAAUAAAGGAGCCUUCAGAGUGGGUGCCUUGUCUCAAUAAAUUAUUGAAUAUUA